UGCCACAAUUCACACGAUUCACACCAAUAAAUUUUUUAGACACUGCAGUGAUUGACAAUUGUACACGAGUAAAUAAUAGUUAUUUUGCAAAAUAUAUAUAAAACUUUUCCAAUCAAAAUAAAUAACAAUUACUUAUCGUUCACUGCAUUACAUUAAGGACAACUGAAUUUAAAAAAAAACAAAAAUAUGUCUUCUGACGUGAACAUGCAAGCAGAAAAGGAAUCGGGUCCAGUUUAUGGCGGUUGUGAAGGUCCAGACGCAAUGUACGUGAAACUUGUAAGCAGCGAUGGUCACGAAUUUAUCGUCAAGAGGGAACACGCUUUAACAAGCGGCACGAUUAAGGCCAUGUUAAGUGGUCCUGGACAAUUUGCCGAGAAUGAAGCGAACGAAGUCAAUUUUAGAGAAAUUCCUUCCCAUGUACUGCAAAAAGUUUGCAUGUACUUCACCUAUAAAGUGCGUUACACGAACAGUAGCACGGAAAUUCCUGAAUUUCCAAUCGCUCCCGAAAUAGCGCUCGAAUUACUGAUGGCUGGAAAUUUCUUGGAUUGCUAAACAAAAAGAUCUCAAAAUAAAAUUAAAAAAAAGAAAUCUACGAAUUAACGAGAAAGCACACAAGCACCGAAAAAAUAAUAUCGGUUGUUAAUAAUGUGCCGUUAAAAAUCCACAAUCUCAGGACAAAUGUUGGCUUGGCUUUUUUUUAAAAUGACUUUUUUGUGAAAUGCAAAACAAAUUAGUAACAAAAGAAAGAAAGAAAAAAUAAUUUUCACUACCAUCUGCCUUGCCAGCACGCCUAAAUCGAAUAAAAUUUCAAUUCGAUAUUGUGCGAAACACAGCUUCAAUUCAGAAGUAAUAAUAGUCUAAUUAUAAUGCAAUGAAUUUUUUUUCUCGAGAAGAAACAUUUCCCAAGUUUAUUUUGCAUAAAUACGAUAAAUACUAUGAUGUCAUUUUACAUUUAAUUUUGAAAGUUUUUCAACAAUUUUCUGUUGUAAUUUUAUCACUUUUUUGGGGGGAUGAAAAUAAUUUAUGGAUUUUUGGGAAUUUAAUUUCUGUAAAAGUUUGAAAUUUUACGAAAGAAUGUUGUUUUUCUCCUCUUUGGAAAUUCAAGGUAGAAAAUUAUUCCAAUGUACAAUGUACAUUAAUAUGUUGAUCGACAGGGAAUAAAAUUUAAUAUUGUAAAAUUCAUUUUUUUGUCUGAUAUUUAUAAAAUGUAUAUUAUUAGCUUGAAAAUAAAAGUAUAGGUAACAUGAAAAA